UAAAGAUGACUUCCUUGUUUGCUCAAGAAAUUUGCCUUUCUAAAAGGCAUGAAGAAAUAGUAUCACAAAGAUUAAUGUUACUUCAACAAAUGGAGAAUAAAUUUGGAGAUCAAAACACAGAAAAAGCAUCUCAGAUUAAAGCAGCUGAGGCUGCUUAUAAGAGGAAUCUUAGUCUUUUAAACGAUAUAAAAGAAGCAGAAAAAUCUCUACAGACCAGGAUUCACCCACUUCCACGGCCUGAGGUGGCUUCUCUUGAGGCUCGUUACUGGGCAUCAGUAGAAGAAUAUAUUCCCAAAUGGGAACAGUUUCUUUUAGGAAGAGCACCAUAUCCUAUCCAUGUUGAAAAUCAAAAUGGAGCAGAAAAUACCACUCAAAAAGAAGUACAGCAAUAACUGUUCACAUGCUAUUUCAAAAAACCUGUGAAGUAAAGCUUAAUAUAAAAGAAUAUGCAGGUUAUUUCAGGAACUUUGGAAAUCGAAUACUUCCAUAUGGUUCUGUUACCUUCAAAGUGACAAUGAAAAUAAGAGAAUCUGCUGGAAAGUGUCAGGUUAUCACUGAGAGACUUACUACUAUUUCAAGAUCAUCAAUUUGCUUUCUGUUAAGCCCAUGGAAGUGAUGAGAACUAAUACUGAAAAAUGGACUGUUUAUUAAUUAAA